GCUCCACUGCUCUUUCCCUCUCGUUUCUUUCCGCCACAAAACACGACCCAGAGGAAAAAUCGGACUGAAAUCCCUCCUCCUCUCGUCAUUCUCUUUCUCAUCUCCAGAAAACAAUCGACUAACCCUCCUCCUGCUGGUCUUCCCUCAAUCCUCACUCCCUCGCCUCUCUGUUCUCAAUCCCUCUUCUUCUCUAGCUCAGAUCCAAACCCCAAAUCCCAUGUCUAGCGAACCCUCUGUUACCCCCCGACGGCGAUGACGAUGACGGCGUCGAAGAAGAAUGUCAAAGGUAGGUUCUGCUUUCGGGUUGCAUGUUGAUUCUUAGAGGUUUGAUUCUGUUUUAGAGUUCUGAAUCUUUUUUUUGUUUUGUGUUUUGAGGUGGGAGAGAGUAAGGAGGAGAUGGGCUAGGCUUAGCUUUCAGUAGCAAUUAAAUUAUGGGCCGGCAAACUGGAAGCCCAAUCCGUGGCGGUGGCGGACAACAGCAACCCACCCGGUACUUGUUAUUAUUAGUAUAAAUAGGGUGUUUCUCUGCAUUCUUUGAACAUUCAUCAAACCGUUCCUGCUCGCUUACGGCUCAUCGCCUUCGUAAAGUAAAAUCGUAAUCAGCUGGCUCAUUGGGUGCAGGUUUUAGGUACUACUCUUAUCAUCAUGGACUACUACAGUCUGUAUGACCCAAAUCUGGUUCCACAUCUAUGUACAAUCACGCUUCAGACUAUCCCUGACCCUCCUUCGCCCCCACCUUCGCCUCCGCUGGUUUUGGCGCCACCUGUUGUUGUUGAUGAUGACCAGCUUCAGCAGGAGGAGGAACAGGAGGAGGCUGAUCAGCCGGAAGUGGCCACCGGCGAGGUUGUUGCUGUUGGCGGCCGGAGUGGAGUGCCCAUUGAUGGGUAAGACUUGAGAGGGCGCCAUUGAUGCAAUUGCUGUAUGCAGAUUGCUAGCUUUGUUUGGACGUUUUUGCUUUUCUUUUUGUUCCUGGCUGUCCGUCCGUCCGUCCAUGUUUACAGACAAUGUGCUUAUUCCGUUUUGUAAUCAUCUAACUCUUGUUGGUUCUGUUUUUUUCUCUCUUUGUGGUGGAUAGGAUCGUUGUCGUCCUAGUGUGUUCUCUAAUUUUGCUUCAUCAUUCUGCUCUGUCGUGUAUGUUUGUUAAAAAGUCUUGAUGAAAUCCUACUUAAGUUGAGCCCUUGAUGGGUGAUUGGUUCACAGUUUCAGCUUUGCUGCAGUACCCUUGUUUAACAAUACUUGCUGAGUUUCAAAAUACGAUUUCAGCUGUAGUACUGCUGGUUACCGGUGCUUGCGAGCAGAGUCGAGGGAGGGUACUUUUGAGACAACAGUUGGUACUUGGUAGUGAGUACAUCAUGCAUGGUAGAAAAGGGUAGCUUCGGAAGUAGAGUUAGCUCUACUUUUGGAUAGGGUUUCUGUCUGUUGUCUUCCACGCUGUGUAAUUUUGUUAGUGAUGAACCCUAAUUGCAUACGAAUUCCCAAAAGCUAAGAAGUUGGUUAAUCUUACUAGGAAAACAGUUACGCUGUCUUAUUGAGAAAAGGCAGCCUCUCAGUGGGUGUAUUAUGAGAAACAGAGUCACAGAGAAAGGGCUACUACGCACAUUUCCUUUUCCUCCAUGCGCGAUUUCCCCGCUCAACUGAAGAGCUCGCCGUCUUUCUAACAACAAAAUCCGACGUUAGAU